CGCGAGUGUCGUAAAGUCAUCAUUAAAUCGCUAAAAUUGUAAAAAUGUUAGCUGAAACUUGUCGAAAAUGAGGGAUUCGCGAUCGUGGAGUAAUAGAACUGUAGUUUAGAUAGCUUAGGACAAAAUGCUUUAUUAGUAAAAUAGUGUAAAUAUUUUAAAAGAGGUAAAGAGUGAUUUCAGUGUGCAAAAGUCAUAAGACUUGUGUCAUCUGUCUGCUCUUCCUUCAAGAUGGCUCCUCCACCGGAGUAUGAUAAGGAACCAAAAGCCCCGGAUAAAAGUGUCACAACUGUUUCCAAUGACGAUUCCAAAGUACUGUAUAAUAUCAUUAAGGAUCAGUCAACUAAUUCUGAUAAUAAAAUCACGACAGCGGGUGCCAACUCUGAAGGGGAGAAUAAACACGUGGAGACCCUUGAUGACGGUCAACUACGCGCGCUGCUUGAUGAGGCUAUCACAUACAAGUGCCCCAAAGACCGCGAAGGGAAGAGCAGUCUAUUCAAGGAAUUGCUCGAGGAGGUGGAACAGGACGAACAAGCGUGCGAGGCAGCGGCAAGAGGGUUGGGUGCGGGGCGCGGGGGACGGCGCGGGCGAGGCCAUCGUGAACAUCACUCCAGCUUACAGGACCUCGUGGCGGCGAUGGCGGGCGAGGCGGCGCCGCGUCGCGGUCGCACACACGCGCACGCGCACGCACACACCGCGCCGCCCGCCGCCAGCGUGUCCGCGCGCGCGCUGCACGGCGGCAGUCUGCCCUCCGGCGUCGACACCUCGUUCCUGCUGAGCGAGGAAGCGGGCGGCAUCGGCUGCGGGCCCACCCGCGGCGGCUACCUAGCCACGGUGCGCUGUGUCAACCCGCCGCCGCUGGCGGAGCGCCGCGUGUCGGCCGGCGACGCCAACCCGCCCGAGCAGGCGCAGGCCUUGCAGGCGCAGGACGAUACUGCCAGGAGGAGUAAGCCGUCAUUCCCGAUGACGUACACGGCGCGCGCGACGCUCGAGAUCGGCAGCGGCAGCGUGUGCUCGGGCCGCGCGGUCACCACCACCACCGCCUCCAACCAGGUGCGUACCCCCUCUCUCUCCGCACAACGCAACCACGAUGCGCAAACGAAACUGACUAAUGCCUUGCGCAUUGGCACGGCACCGAAGGGUGGUGGUGUCUCCGCCAGCGUGGCGGGUGAACCGCGUGGCCCCGGCCAGCGGCCGCAGGCUCGGAGCGAGCGACGCGAUAGUAAGAUGAGUACUACCCAGACGGCGAACGGUCGCGGCUUUCAAGGAAAUGAGUCGCUGUGGAUGAAUAGUGUGAAUAAUUGGUACAGCAGUCUAGAUAAAUAUUAUAAUCUUACUGUCGCAGCUGUCGCCAGUCGAACCGAAUUCGUUACAAAUAAACAAGUUGUGGCGAACGAUUCGAAUAUAUAUUUAAAAAAUGAAACUGAACAAGGAAAUAAACAAACACAACAAACAUUUUUAGAUAGAGCAAAUUUUUCGAGUCGAUUUAACGAAAUUGAUAGAUUUAAUAAAAGAAAUAUGAGAAAUAUAGAAGAUAAAAAAAAAUAUUCAUUCAACCUGUAUGAAACCCCCAAUGAGACUGAUAUAAAAAACGGAUUCAAAAACGAUCACAAAGUUUUUAGUGAUAUCGAUAGUGAUAAUAGUUUAAGAAAAAAAUAUAGAGAAAGAGUAGGUCAUAAUUUAGUUGCACCGAACACGUCGAUAAUAAAUCCUAAAAAUUUCCGAAACAUGACUAUAGGCGAACCGUCGUGUUCCGUUUCUGUAAAAAAAUCUUACGACACUUGUUACGAAAUUGAAGAAAAAUCACCAAGUAACAAAAACUAUACACAAGAUUUUACCUUAAACAAAAAUUACAAAGAGAUUAAUUCUUCUGACGAAAUGCAAAUAAAUUCAAAAAAAGAAUUUGAAAUGCAAGAUAUCACCUCAAAACCUACAGAAAAAACCUCAGAAACAAUCAACGACAAAGAACUUGUCGAUAACAGUUCUGCCGUACAAUCAGAUACGUUUUCCAAGUUUGUCGAUCAGCAAAGAAAGUUUAUUAAGAAUCUAGAAAUCAAUCAGACUGAGGAUAGACAGACUGACUCAAGUAACAAUGUCGUUAAUGAAAAGAAUGAUACAGAUACAAUAUCAAUCAACAAAUCACUUCAUAUAGACAUAAACCCCGAGACAAAUUGUUUAAAACCAAAUGCGAAUACAGAGAAUUUAAGCGAAAAUUUAGUCGAUUUUCAGUCAGUAAGCCAGAAAGAUAUUGCAACACAACUAGAAAAGGUAAAAGAUAAAACCACGUCAUUGGAUCAGGUUUUACUAACUGAUUUACCAAAAAGUUCUUAUGUAUUCUUAACACUUCCAAAAAGCUUCGAUUUGGCUGCUUUUAACGAAAAUUAUAAAAAUAUUAAUAUAACCGAAAUUGAAUGUAACAAUGAUAACAUUACUAACGUUUCCGAUGAAAUCAAAAAUGUAAAAAAUAAAAACAAUAUCAAGAGACACAAAGAAAUUAAUGAAAAUAGCUCGAAUAAAGCAAAUUUAAAUAGUGAUAUUACUGAAAAAUCUGAAUAUUUAAAAAAGAAAUUGUCUCCUUACAAGGAUUUUGAGGUCGAUUCCGCUAUACCGUUCAGCUGCAUAACAACACCGGAGGUGGUGGCCAGUUGCAACACGACGUCGUCCGCGUCACAGCCGACCACCGCUAUCGAUCCUAAGCCGCUGCAGCUGGACUCGAGUUACCGCGCCGUGGCGAGCCUGACGGGCGACGCCGAGGCCGGCCCCGCGCCCGCCGCGCCCGCCCCCGCCGCGCCCCGCGCCGCGCCCGCGUUGCAGCCGCGCAGUGUUAUAUCGAGCAGCUUCAACGGGCUGCCGUUGUCGCGGCCCGGCUACGGCUCGGCCUCGGACGAUUAUAAGGUGCCUAUACUCACUGUGCACUACCGUUUACAGAAAUCUCUUGAUGAAAACGGCAAUGCGGUACAAGGGUUCAGUUCACCUCUCUCAGGCUCUAGUCAACUUAAGAAACCGAGGAGGAAAAAGUCGUCGAAGAACGAGACGGUGAUCAAAUCCCACCAGAUAGACGGCUACCAGGGCAACAAGGAUCUCAACGAGGUGCUCCGCUUCAUCGAGUCGAACGCGGAAGGCGCACGCGGGCCCAAGCUCGGCCGCGUCAAACAUAAGGACGACUCCGACGAUAAAGGGGGCAAGAAGCGCUCCACCGAACGUCGCAAAGACAAGGAGAGCAAGAUGAAGAGAGCUACCUCCAUGGAAGAGCUCUCACGCACCAAGCUCGAGGACCUCACUGAUAAGCCCGCUCUGCGCACAGCCAAACCGCGUGGGUCCGCUGCACCCGCAAAGCCCGAGAGACGCUCCUGGGGAGACGACGCGCGAGCGCUGCUCUACCGCGCGCCGACCUCCGCCGACCCCGAACCCCCGACCCUCGAACUCACCGAGUUCCAGACCGUCACCAAGAAGCGCAAGACUCGGCGCCGCACCGACGACAGCGAGCGCGAGACCGACGCCGCGCAGCGACGCACUCGCCUGCCCUCCGCCGAGGCCCGCGCGCGUCCCUCCGACCCGGCCUCCGCCGCGCCCUCCGACCGGAGCAACGACUCCAACGACGACAUGGACUCCGUCCACUCGCUGCCCGCCCUCGCGCCCGCCGCGCCGGCGCCUCCCCCGCCGCCCCCGCACGCGUCCUACGCCGACAUCGCGCGCACGCGGCAUAAUAUACCGGAUCUCAUCGAGUCUUGCAACUUCUACGCGGAGGGCGAGGCGGAGCCGCGGCUGGACCCGGGCAGCGUGCCGGCCGCGGGCGCGGUGACGCCGGGCGGGGCGCCGGCGGCCGAGGCGGAGCAGUACCCGGUGCUGGCGGUGCGGCGCGCGCGCGAGAAGGCCCCGCCCGCCGCGGUGCGUGCGCCGCGCAAGGAGCGGGCGGAGACGCUGCCCGCGGCCGAGCCCCCGGCCCCGGCGCCGGACGUGGUGGCGGACCGGCGGCCGCCCGUCAUCCUGCUCGACUCGGCGGCGCGGCCUGGCGACAUGGACGGCGUGACGUUCGGGUUCGACAUCAACGAGCAGCUGCUGGGCGGCUCGUCGCGGCGCGGCGCGCGCGUCGACCUGUUGCGCGACGCGCCGGAGCACGCUCGUGCGGGCGGGGCGCUGUCCGUGCCCGUGCGCGCGUGCGCGGCUCUGUCCGUGCCCGUGCCCGUGCGCGCAUGCGUGGCGCUGCGCUACGUGCCGCCCGACUUGCCGCCCAACGCUGCACAAUUGCUGCAGAUCGUCGAUUACGUAGGCGCCGCGUGGGAGGACGUGGUGCGAUGUGGCGGAGGCAAAGUGCGCUACUUUAGCGAGUAGUGCUGACAUGUUGCGUGAAACGUGAAACUUUCGUAAAUGUUCCUGACGAUUCCGAUGUUACGUGUUGAAGUGAGAGUUUAUUUUGAAUAUAAAAUACGCCGUGUAAGAGAACGGUUUUAAUUGAAAAUGAGUGAAAUACUGCGAGUGCGUCCGGUUUAAAGUUGCCGCUUACUGUUUUUAUGCGACGGAAGAAUUCGACCUCGCGACGUGUAAUGCUAAUUUAGAGCAUUCUGGGUCAUUCAGGCCUCUCCCUCUUGGGAGAGGCCUAUGUCCAGCAGUGGAUUACGAAAGGCUGUUGAUUGAUUAAUUGGGUCAUUCAGACACUCGUUGAAUACGGUGAAUGUAAAGUGUAAUACAAGCAACCCGCGGGCGCGACACGAGUACCGCGGCUUGCGCUCUGGCUGACGUGAGCCUAUUCCAAGCGUCACUAUUUUGAUUCGAUCGAUAUAAUGUGACAUUCAAGUUCUAACCAAAAUUAAUUUCGUUUACGCUUUGUACAUAUUAAAGCCAAGAGCAUUUAAUAUUUGUAAUAAAACUUUCAUUCCUAGUGAAAGGAAUUUUAUAUUACAAUCUCAGUUAUAUUAUCGUCUUGAAUGUUAUGAGCCUAUCACGUGAUCUGGUAUCUGAGAGUGUAAUCCAAAUGCGCAGGUGCUAACAAAUUGUACCAUUAAAGCUAAAAUAUAUAUUUAUGUAUUUGAAUUUUUGAGUAUGUCUAAACGGGAUAUGCGAAAUUUCUCAGUACCAGACACGUCGAGUCGGAGUAUUUCGUUUGUACUGAAUGUAAAAAGCACAUUUUGUUUCUGUUGAUGUUUUAUUGUGCUUGAAUUUUGUUAUUGAAUCACGAUUAUAAAUCCUCUCUAACUACUUACUUUUAAUUUGUUAUGUAUUUUUAAGUUUUACUAUUUUACACUGUAAAUAAAAUAAACUAGGAAGUUGUAACUGGCCAUGAGUGAAAAAGGGGUCUUAAUAUUUCUAUUCAUCGAGUCAACUUACCUUGUCUUUUAUAUAAAAAAAAAGUAUAUAAUUCAUAUUUAAAUAAAUGAUUACAAGCUAUUGAUAAGCGCUGGCUUAUUCAUUUUAUUGUUCAGGUAACUGAGCUUGCCUUAUGGCUUAUUAUGUAAUGUUACCGUCAAUUAGAGAAAUCUAUAUACAUAUUCAAAAAAAAACAUUACAUGAUCUAAUAAUUGAUAAGUAUGGAAUACUUACUGAUAAAAAUGGAACUGGAAUUGACUGAUUUACUGUCUAGGCUAUAUGUAUUUAGCCUCUGAAUGUAUUUAUUAUAAGCAAAAAUCGCUUAUAGUUUGUUUACAAAACAACACGACAACGAUGCGUCUAAAGUAAUACAAAUAAUAUCCAAAUGUUUCAAAAAUCUCUUAUCUCGUCUUCCAAAUAUGUCUCGACUUUUUUUUUGAUGUUAUAUAAACCCUCAAAAGAUAUACAUGUAUCAGUAUUGUAUUUUUAUGAUUGUAAUUUGUAACUAAACCCAGAACAAUUAUAUAUUUUGUUUGGCCGAAGUGCUCAGAGUUCUCAAACCGUUAUACUUGUUAUAAUGAUAAUAUAUGUGAUGUUCUCACUGACUGUAGACAAAAUUACUAAAAAUUGUGGCACGUGUUAUGAAUUCUUUUAACUUUUCUUGGGGCUCAAAUUUCUCUUAAUAAAUAUACUAUUUCCUUGGAGACAUACUUUGCGUCAAACUUUUAUGUAUUGCUAUACAAUGAUUCAUAUAUUUCAUAAUUCUUGUAUAAAGCUACUCAUAAAACUGACUGAAUUUAUAAGACCCAAAGCUAGUCCACAUAAAUGAAAAAUAAAAAAAAAUAACAUAUUUUUGUGAGCCUAGUUAAUAGUUAAUUACUAUUCAUUCUUGUAAGUAGGUGUAUGAUUAGUGUUUACAACAUCGUGUUGUUAUAUGUCCUCAUGUAAACUAUGAAUAUAAUGAAUACCGAUAACCUAUUUUAUUAUUGCACUCAUUGUGUGUGAUCUAUGGGUAAUUACGUCAUCAACCUGCUCUUAAUACCUACAUACUUCAAUAGGUCUAUGUAUGUAUACGCGGUCCUGCUAUUGCAUUUUUUUUUUUCGUUACCGUAAUCUUAAAAUAUUGUAACAUUAUAUUAUUUUAUUUGUUAUAUGGAUGGCUUUCGUUAUAAUUUUUGUUCGUUUGUGUGGGUGAAAAUUCUCAUAAUCUCAUUAAACAUUAUUUUUGACCAAUAUCUAAGCGCGUUACUGACGUGAGACGCCUGUUCCCACUUGGUGCGCAAGUGUACCGAUAGAUCCUGCAGAAUAUUUAUUUCUGUUUCCCUACAAAUAUCGCACGUACAAUCGACCUCACAUAGACUAAAUUUAUUAAGACAAUGUAGAAAAUAUAAAAAAAUCCAAAAAUAAUACUAAAUUGUAAGUAGUAAGUAUACUAUGUGUGUUUACUUUUCUCAUUAAAUAAUUAUAAAAGAACAUUAUUAAAGUGUAUGUAUUGUAAAAAUGCUCAUAUCAAAAAUAUAGAAAUAUUAUUUAUUGUUUCUUUUCAUUGUAAAAUAUGUAAAUAGUUGUCCAAAAGUAUUGUAUUAAUCUAAAAAAAAAAUAUUCAGUUGUCAUUAUUAGUGCAUUUGGAGGUUAAAGAGUUCGGAAAAAUUACAUAUUUAGUUGAACCGGUGGCCGCUUAGCGUAACGCUUAAUCGCUGGAAUUUUGAUAUUUUUACUAUGAGCUGGUAUAAUUAGCGAAAUGUAGAGUACAUCGGAUUAUAUGCAUUAUUAAUAAAGUGUUGACUAUAGAAAACUAAAAAAACAAACCAUUUUCUUUUUUUAAAUUAUACUAGCUCAAACAACGCCGGAAUUUUUAUUUUUGUACUCCUUAGGUAUUUUGAAACUGCCCCUGGAUAUUUUCUAAAUAAGCAAAGAGUGUGCUUUGGUUUUUUCAACUUGCUUCAUAGGUUGCCUCUGAAAAUGUUGCAAUAUAACCUUAACAAUAAAAAGACUUGAAUAUUUUAUGCGAUAUGUCUGAGAGUCUAAAUAGUUUUUCAUAAAAGAAUAAAAAUAUAGUAUGAAUGAGCUACAUAUUCUUCUUAAGUUCAGUUCCCAAGAACUGGAGUGAUAAUUAAUGCUUAGAAAUUAUUGGCAAAAUGUAAAUGUAUAAAUAAAUUAUUGCGGAAACAUAAGUUUCUACAAUUGUCUCUGUAUCUGACUAUCAAUAUCACAUUAAAUUUAAAAUAUAGAGCUAUUUAUUUUAAGAUUAGAUAAAAAUGUAGAGAAUAUAAAUGUAUAAUGGCUCUGGCUACAAUUUUAUUUUUUUAUUCAGAAAUCGAGACAAUUGUCAUGUAUAUAUAUUAUAACCAUAUUAAAAAUAUAUUUAUCUGCUUUACAUCUAACUUAGCGAUUCUAAUUUUUUAUUCUGUUUCUGAACCGGAUAUUAUUUUAUGUAUUAACUUAAUAUAGUUUGUGAUUUUAAACCUCAUAUUAUUUAUGACCUUUAAAUAAUAAAUUACAUUGCAGAUUAUUUUUUAAUAGUUGUCGGCAGAUAGCAAAUAGCAUUUUCUUGUAUUAAAAUAAAUAGAACCAAAUUUAUCAAAUGAUGUUUAUUAUAAGCUUAUGAUUACACUUUAUAUAAAUAUGCUUGUUUUUAAUUAAGGAAACAGAGUAAAAAUCUAGCAUCGUUUUAACUGUAAAUUAUUGGUUUAUAUAAACAAUAAUGUAACCAACUGCAAUUUACAGUUAUGUACUUUUUCACUGUUUCCGUUUUCUUAAUAAAAAUGUUGAAAA